AUGGCGAUCGGGGAGCCAUGGAGGCAGGUGUUCUUAGCAUGUAUGAUGGCAGGGAUCGUGGGAGGAGGAGGAGGAGGAGGAGGAGGAGGAGGAAAAGGAGAAGAAGAAGAAGUGAGAUGGGUCAAGAGCAGUAUGAAUGUGGCAAUGCUUGCUGGAGCAUGCGGAGGGAGCAGGAUCCUGGUCGGGGAAGGUGGUAGUGGUUGGCAUCCCUCGACCAACAGCUGGGCACUGGAUGGCAGGCUGAGGGAGGGCUUCCUGCUCUUUGAUGUCCAGACGAGCCGUCGAGUGAACAGGAUGCGGUUGCUGACGGGGAGGAAGGGGGGAGAGGAUGGCUGGGUGACCUCCCUUCGGGUGUGGGUGAAAGGGUGGGAGGAGGGGGAAUUUCAGCCGGGUUGGUGCGGGCAUGCGCAGCAUUCGGUGCCGGAAGAUGAUGGCUGGGAGCUGUUGUCCUCUCUGCAUCACGAUCUCGGCAACGUCUCGACCUACAAUGGGCGGGUGUUCCUGCAUGCGCAGCGGGAAGUGGAGCUUCAGUUCCCUCCAAGGAGGGUCAAGGGGCUGCUGCUCAAGGUGGACGCGACCUACGACCUGAGUCAUAGGACGGGAAACAGAACUCACCUGCCUGACGCCUCACGAGCGGACAUCGUCGACUUCCAGGUGCUAGAGGCCGACGAGGGGGAGGGGGAGGGGGAGGGGGAGGAGGAGCUCGGGAGUGGAAGAAGGGGAGGGCUGAGUGCAGCAAGGGAGGAGGGGGCGACGAGGACGAUAGAGGAUGGUCUCGACAUGAAGGGAUUCUUGGAGGAGAUGAACAAGGGAAGGUGGAUCUUCGAUGAGGGGAGUGACGGCGACGGCUCGAGCUACGACCGUGUUGACGAGCCUCGAGGCCCUGGGCACCUGCUGGGCUUCGCAAAUCCCUUUAAGAGGAUGCUGCAUGGACACUCCGAUCGCCGUCUGUUCGCUAAGCACGAGGGCCUGGAAACUUGUGCGGGGAGGAUAACGCGAGGCACAGAACUGCUGUGUGCCGGAGCAGUACCUCGUGACGAGGAGGAGGAGGAGGACGAGGACGACGAGGAGGAGGAGGGUGCGCGACCUUUCCUCAAGGAUGUGAGUCAGGGGGAGAAGGAGAUGGAAGGGGAGGAAGGAAUUGGUAGAGGAAGCAAGGCACAGGGGAGGAAAGGGGAAAGCAGGGGGCGAGUGCCGCAGAGGCUGGAGGAGGCUUUCCUGCAAUGGGCGAAAGGAGACGAUGGGGUGCAGUCGCUGGCAUGGGAGAAGCUGCUGUGCCAUGGGACAGUCCUGCGAUCGCAACUCCGACGAAGAGCUUGUGAGGAUGAAGACCUGUGCAAUUUCGACUCCUACGUGCAGGUCGCCUCCAUCGUCAUCCCAGACAUCCUGCAGCACGACUUCCGCAAGGGCAACCCGGUGAAGCCACUUGACGAGGAGGCGGCGAGGGAGUUCGGCGUGCGUACGAUGGACCUCUGGAGGAGGAGGGAGGAGGAGGAGCUCGAGCCGCCUGGAUGGAGGCAGCACACGAGAACGAGGAGGACGCUGAGCCUGUGGAGCAGCAUUGAGCCGUUCUCGAUGAGGGAUGCUGAUGCCUCCCUGCUCAACCUGCAGGCUGCAAGGGUAAACGACUUCCUCGCUCGCGCGCUGGCGGCUCGCUCGCUGCCCCUCCUCGACUCGCACAACUUCUUCGCUCAACGGAGCGGAUGCAGCAGCGACGGGCACCACUGGGGUGGUUCUGCCCAGCUGGUCAGGACGAGGGUGCUGCUGGAGGCGAGCAAGAGGUUUGCAGGGCACGUCAGGAGCCUGCUCAAGUCCCAGAGGACGAGGAGGGAGCGACUGGCCUCCCUCCGCAGGAUGUCCCUCUACAACACUCGCUUCCUCUCCCGCUCCUCCCUCCUCCUCGACUUGUUCUCCCGGCUCCUCGACCUUCACGCCCCUCCCCCUGUCUCCCUCCAUCCCGAGGGAGGAGGAGGAGGAGGAGGAGGAGGAGGAGGAGGAGGAGGAGGAGGAGGACGUUCGAGACCCUGCGGGCGAGUCACCGGGUCAGAGGAGGGCUCCUGGUACCCUCUGGAGGACGGGACUUACGCGUAUCGCCUGCACGGGUGCUCCCUCGCGCGAUUCUCCUCCUCCUCGGCCCGUCGGUGCCUUCAAGGGCGACACCUCCUCCUCGUCGGCGACUCGGUGAUGCGUUACCAGUACAUGAGCCUCGCCUCCCUCCUCCACGCGCGGUACCCGGAGCGAACGGGGAACGAGGAGGAGGGGAGGAACAAUGUCUGCAUGCCGGGGCUGGUGUGGGGGACCUGGCGGAGGUUCUACCUUGACAGCUCUCGAAGUUUCCAAGGAAGAGAACUCUGCGACUGCUACCGGCCCGAGGGCCCAUGGAGCCCGGAGUUCGAGAUGCGGGUGGAGGAGAACAGAUUCUUCUCCCUCCUUCCUCCAUCCAACCUCUCGCUCAGCUACCUCCAGGUCUUCGGCGGCUUCCCCAUGCAUGGUCACUUCCCCGGAGAGUGUCGCCAGCGCUCCUCUUCCUCCUCCUCCUGCUCAUUCCACAAUCUCUCCCGCGCAGCCCUUACGGCGGCGGCCAAGGUCUUGACGGAGGAGGAGUACGACCACAAUCCCCAGCUCGACACCGGCAGCUUCUUCGACUGGCAGGGCGACGUGCCGACUGUUCUCGAGCAUGUCGCUAGCGAGAUGCAGCCGGACAUGCUGGUGUUCAACACCGGGCUGUGGGGGGAGCUGAAGGAGGAGGACUACGUGGAGGAUGUGUUCGCGGCAGGUUCAAGAGCGGUGGGGAAGGGAGGCAGCUGCUACUGGAAGAGGACGACGAAGCGGUUCAAGUGCUCGGGAGGGUCGAGGAGAUGCGAGCGCCGCACGUGGGUGGCGGAGGAGGUGGAGGAUACGGUGCCACAGCAGAAGGCGAGGAAGCUGGGCUGGGAGGUCUACGACACGGCAGCGCCGACGAGGCUACUGGAGCAGGACGCCUUUGCUGACGGCAUCCAUCCCCGCCCGUACGUGUAUGAGGAGCUGAACAACCUCCUGCUCAAUGCUCUGUGCAACCCUCGAGAGGGAUGA